AUGAGUAACUCGAUGGACGACUAUAUUCAAGUUGGAAUUGAUAUUGGAACAACUAAAUGCUGCAUUUGUGUUGUGGAUCAAAACAGGAAACUAAGAGUUCUCGAAGUAGACAUGACGAGACUUGAUUACAAAGAACUUCUCCCAUCUUACGUUGCAUUUGUUCAAGAUAAAGUUAUUGUUGGUGAAGUUGUGAAGAAAAUGACACAAACAAGCAAUGUGUUGUAUGACCCAAAGCGUCUUUUUGGUCUUGUCCUUGAUUACAUACCUAAAGAUGAAAAGAAAUCGUUUACGUUUGAUAUUGAACAGAAAGAUAAUCAUAUAGUGUAUAUGGUUGACAUGGGGAAUGAAAACAUCGAGCUUGAGCCAUUUCGCCCAGAAGAAGUAACUGCUUUUCUUGUUCAAAGACUUCUUGGGAAACUGGAGGAGAUACCCGAGUACAGAAACAAGAAAAAGAAAUAUGUUGUGACACAUCCCGCUUCAUUUCAGGAUACCCAAAUGAUUGCUACUGAAAUGGUAAUGCAUCUUGUUGGCAUCACAACAUUUAAGUUUCUAUCAGAACCAGUUGCAGCACUACUGAGCAUGAAGACGAAGAUGAGUGAUAUAAAAGUGGAUGAGAAUGUUGUAGUUAUAGAUGUUGGUGGUGGGACAUUAGAUGUCACAAUAUGUUCAUUGAAAAAUAGUGGGUACUAUGAGUGUGAGGCAUGUAAUGGUGAUUUUAGUGUCGGUGGAAAUGCUGUUGACAGAGCAGUGAGUGAAUUGAUUAUUGCUAAAACAGCGAAUAUAGAAGAAUAUUCCACGUACUUUUCAGAGCCAAAACGUGCACUUAUUACUGAAAAAUUAGCUUACCAAAAAAAGAAGGUUCGACUUCGGGCAGAGUCUGAGAGAGUAAAGAUACUACUUUCGUCAAAGGAAGUUGUUGAAGUCAAUCUCUCCUUUUUAUUUGAUUCAACUGUAGGAUAUGUGAUGAAAAUUAAAAGGGAUGAAAUGAAUGAGAAAUGUAGUGAUUUAUUUGAAAAAUAUCGUGCGUGCAUUAGACAAACGCUUAAUAAAGGUAAUAUUAAUUCAAGAACUAUUAAAAGAGUGAUAAUGACGGGUGGUGCAUCUUAUAUGCAGGCAUUGCAAAACCAAGCAAAAUUGAUAUUCAAAGAAGCUACAAUCACUGUUGUUGACACACCCGAGUUGGCUGUUGUGAAAGGUGCUUCAAUGUUCCAUCAGGGCGACAUUCAAAAUGUUUUCAAUCAUUCUAACGAAGACAUUCGAGUUGAAAUUGGAUCGAAAUGUGAAGUGAUUGUUUCAAAAACAGACUUACUCCCAGCAGAAGGUACAAAAAAAGUUAUGACUGUAGUGGACGGACAAAAGAAAGCCGUGUUCAAGAUUUACAAAGGAGAUAACUCCCAAGCCGAUUUUAACACAUUUGUCGGAGAAUUUGUGUUUGACAAACUCCCACCUCAAAAAGCUGGAGAUGUUAUCUUUAUUCUAACAGUUGGAGUUGACACUGUUGGUAAUAUCGAAGCAAAAGCACAAAUGAUAGGUGGAAGAACAGAAAGCACAAUUGCAACUGUAUCGUUUGAGAAGGAUGAAGAAGAUUUUACAAAUACCAAAAGGCACUUUGAUGCUUUUAAAUAA